GACAGAUAGCAAUUUGCCUAGGCGUGGAACCCACAAAAUCUUCACCUUCACAUCAAACUCCAAGCUCUCGCACCACCCCUUGACAAGCCUCCCAUCCAGAUAUCACUCAAACAGAAUCCAGAACCAAGCGUUCCUAUCAGAUCACAAUGAAGGUCAUCGUCACUGGAUGCACCGGCCUCACCGGCGGCGAGCUGGUCAAGGAGUGCAUCAAAAAUCCCGCCAUCGAGCACAUCAUCGCCCUGACGCGCAAGCCGCUUUCAGAGGCCGUCACCAGCCACGAGAAGGUGACGGUCAUUCUGCACGAGGACUUCAGCUCCUACCCGCCAGAAUUGCUUUCCCAGCUCCAGGGAGCCAAUGGCUGUCUCUGGGCCAUCGGCGGCCGGGCCAACCAAUUCCCGGAUGUCGAGACGGCCCGCAAGGUCAGCGUCGACUACACUCUCGCCGCCGCCAAGGCCUUCGUCGACGCCAAGCUGGCCGGAGAGGCCAAGAUCUUCAGGAUGGUCUUUUGCAGCGGCUGGCUGGCCGAAUGGGACCAGAAGAAGCCCUUGCGAUUCAUGGAGGACAGCCGCAAGAUCAAGGGCCAAGUCGAGAAGGGUCUUGCCGACAUGGCAGAUGGACAGCCUGAGAAGUUCCAGUCAUGGUUUGUCCGCCCGGGCGACAUCAUCCCCACCAACGGAUCCGCGCUGCGCAAGAUGGCGGCCUCCCUGUCAAAGGGCAUUGUGGCGAACAAGCUCGCACAGGCAAUGAUCAAGGUUCUGCUGGAGGGCUAUGACAAGAGGAUUCUGGAGCCAGCCGACAUCCAGAAGGUUCUGGCUUAGUCUGCUCGGUUUGUAGAUCCUAAGAAAGAAAAUGUGCGCAGGGACGGAAUAUCAAAUUUGAUAUGUGGUUUGGUGACUGGAGAGUGACGGAUGGGUUGGAGCUCUGUUUGGGCUAACAUCUCCCGUAGCCAAUAAAGCCCCAUGCCGGAUAGGCAUGAAAGGGUUUAUGAUAUCGAUGGAAGGAACUUGUUGACUGUCAUGUAAACCCCUCGCCGUUGCGACCUGAGACCCGCCAG